GCCAUUUCAAGGGCACUGGAGUCAGACAGAGAGCACUCAAGCCUGAGUGCAAAGGAAUUUCACUGCCUCAGUGGCAGAAACCAGUCACAGCUUGAGUGGAUUACACUGACACUGCUCGGACAACGUAAUACCCAGCGAUGGCUGAGGCGCAUCAGGCGGUGGGCUUCCAGUUCACCGUGCGCCCUGAUGGUGUGGACCUUAAGCUGAGUCAAGAGGUCAUCAAAAACAUCUACCUAUCAGGAGUGACAGCAUGGAAGAAGAAGGCCAUACAAUUCAAGAAUGGAGUAUUGGCUGGAGUCUAUCCAGCCAGUCCGUCCAGCUGGCUGAUAGUUGUGAUUGCCAUGAUGAGUUCCUUGUAUAUACGCAUAGACCCCUCUCUAGGAAUGAUUGACGCCAUCAAGGAUAACCUACCACAAAGAGACUAUAUGUCAGUGCAGACCCGAGCGGUGCUGAGUGCCAUCCUCUUUGCCACUGGUCUGUGGCUGUUCCUCAUCUACCUUUUGAGAUACACUCUCAAAGCUCUGCUCUCCUACCAUGGCUGGAUUUUUGAAUCCCAUGGAAAAAUGAGCACGUCUACCAAAGUGUGGCUGAGCCUGGUGAAGAUGUUCUCUGGACGCAGACCGCUGCUCUACAGUUUCCAGGCCUCUUUACCCAGGCUCCCUGUGCCCAGUGUGGAUGAUACAAUUCACAGGUACCUAGAGUCGGUUCGUCCUCUGCUGGACGGUGAGCAGUAUAACCAAAUGGAGAUUUUGGCCAAUGACUUUAAAGAUUCCAAGGCAACCCAGCUGCAGAGAUACUUGAUCCUAAAAUCCUGGUGGGCAACAAAUUAUGUAAGUGACUGGUGGGAGGAGUACAUCUACCUCAGGGGGAGGAGUCCUAUCAUGGUGAACAGUAACUUCUACAUAAUGGACCUCUUGUACAUGACCCCAACACACCGACAGGCUGCGCGAGCGGGGAAUGUGGUCCAUGCCAUGCUGCAGUACAGACGCAAACUGGAACGUGGUGAACAUGCACCGCUGAGGGCUGUGGGGACUGUUCCUAUGUGUUCUACUCAGAUGGAGAGGAUGUUUAACACCACUCGCAUCCCUGGCAUUGAAACAGAUAUUGUGCAGCACCUGACCGACCGUAAGCACCUGAUUGUCUACCACAAGGGCCGGUUCUUCCAAGUGUGGCUGUACACCGGAGGGCGCCACCUCUUACCCAGUGAACUUGAGACUCAGUUUCAAAAGAUCCUCAAUGAUACAUCGGAACCCCAGCCGGGAGAACUCAAAUUAGCUGCCCUGACUGCAGGAAACAGAGUUCCAUGGGCUCGGGCUCGGAUUAAGUAUUUCAGCCUGGGAGUAAACAAAGUGUCCCUGGAUGCCAUUGAAUCAGCUGCCUUCUUCCUGACACUGGAUGAUGAGCCGCAGGGUUAUGACCCUGCAAAGACCAAUUCACUUGAUAGUUACGCCAAAUCCCUGCUCCAUGGAAAAUGUUACGACAGGUGGUUUGACAAGUCUUUUACCUUGAUCUCUUAUCCAAAUGGAAAAAUGGGGAUAAAUGCUGAACAUUCUUGGGCUGAUGCACCAGUUGUAGGACAUAUGUGGGAGUAUGUCCUUGCAACAGACUGCUUCCAUCUUGGCUACACAGAAGAGGGACACUGUAAAGGGGAUGUGAACAAAGGCCUGCCUCAUCCCACUCGACUGCAGUGGCAGAUUCCAAAGGAGUGUCAAGAGAUCAUUGGGACCUCAUACCUAUCGGCCAAGCAGAUAGCUGAUGAUGUGGACUUCCAUGGUUAUCUCUUUUCUGAGUUUGGGAAAGGUCUGAUCAAGAAGUGCAGGACCAGCCCUGAUGCCUUCAUCCAACUGGCCCUGCAGUUGGCACAGUUCAGGGACCAGGGAGUGUUUUGUCUGACGUACGAGUCAUCAAUGACUCGUAUGUUCAGAGACGGUCGGACGGAGACAGUACGCUCCUGUACCUCUGAGGCUGUUGCAUUUGUCAGAGCCAUGGAAGACGCAAGUGGAACAAAUGUCCAGAGACUUGCCCUGUUUCGGAGGGCAGCAGAUAAACAUCAAAACAUGUAUCGUCUGGCCAUGACUGGUUCUGGUAUUGACCGUCACCUCUUCUGUCUCUACAUAGUGUCCAAAUACCUUGGCGUUGACUCGCCAUUUCUUGAGAAGGUGCUUUCAGAGCCCUGGAAGUUGUCUACCAGCCAGACUCCACAGCAGCAGCUCAAUUUAGUUGACAUCAACAAGUUCCCUAAAUAUGUGGGUGCUGGUGGAGGAUUUGGCCCAGUGGCUGAUGAUGGCUAUGGUGUGUCUUAUAUCAUUGUUGGGGAAAACCUCAUCACAUUCCACAUCUCAAGCAAGUUCUCUAGCCCUGACACAGACUCAUGCCGGUUUGGUCAGCACAUUCGGAAGGCCAUGCUUGAUAUCCAAGGACUUUUCAAGCCUGAAAAUGAUAAGAAGAUGGUGGAGCAUGGAAAGCUUGUGCAGCUGGAAAAUGGGAAAAAGAUGGUGGAGCAUGGAAAGCUUGUGCAGCUGGAAAAUGGGAAAAAGCACAUAUAACAGACAUUGUGGGUUGCUCUGAUGGGUUUGGCUGACACGCAACUUGUGAGUCAGUCUUUGACAGGCUUCAUUCAUAUAAACAAAACAAAGUUCUGGUGACAGGUUGCACUUGUGAUCUUUUUGCUUUUCUGGUGGGUCAUAUUAUAGGAGGCUGUCAUUCCGCUCACUCAGACAAAAGGAAGAGUUGUUAAACCUCUAAUUUAUUUCUAUUUAUAUUGUACCUUUCACAGCUGUUUGGUGCUGGGGGAAAGAUGUACCCUUUGAUUUUGGCACAUUUAGAUUUUGCAAUGACUGUUUUUUUCUCCUUGAAACAGUUUAUCAGUUUAUGCCAUAGACUGUACAUGAAAUUAAUGUUAUGUAAUGAAUCUAAAUAUAAUAUUUAGGUGUGGUCUAUAGUUUGUUCAUAUGACGCUUGUAAAUAUAUCUACCUAAAGAUUUCAGUGCUAUGUUUUAAGAUGUAAAUCAUUUGUUAUAUGCCAGCAUUUAUAAAUUUGCCUGCUCAUU